AUGUCGACCAUCGCCCUCGAGACGCCGCUGGCCGAAGCGCUCAGCAGCGCUGUGCACUCCAAGAUUGUGGAAGAAGGCUGGACACAAGAUGAUGACACUUCGUUAGCCGAAUAUAUCGUUCUCAUGCUCGCCAACGGAAAGACCCAGAAUCAAAUUGCAUCAGAGCUUGCUGGCGAGCUAUUGCAGGACGCGAAGGGAACAACCGAGUUCGCGCAAUGGCUUUUCGAUCAAGUCAAUCUUCUGUCUGGAGGCGCGACCGCUGCUGAUGCGACGACAACAUCACACUCUUCAGAACAACCGGCGCAAGGCACUGCGCCCACGUCGCUAUCGUCAGGCACUACAGAGAAUGGAAACUCUUCAAUACCUGCCGCAUACGACAUGGAUAUGGUUGACAAUGCUCCUGAAAAUGCACCUCGAGGUCCCAAAGGUUUACACGGUGGCCGACCUGCUGGCAGGGGCGGGCGAGGCGGUGCAAUUAACAAAUCCGGCGAUUCAGCUCUACACCGAACCCGCGGCAACGACCGAAUAAACAGCCAUAGCAAUAUGCGCGGCGCGCCAAAAGGACCCCGCAACGUCCAGAGCAGAGAUGUGCGCCCUGGCAUGCAAAAGGCACUGAACAUGGGCAUGUCAGGUUCUGCUCAGGGGAUGCAGAACGCGAUGAUGAUGAACGGGGCACAACAAGGUCAAGGGAUGAUGCAGAUGACCCCGCAGCAACAGAUGGAAUUCAUGGCUAUGAUGGAACAACAGACUCGCAUGCUGGCACAGUUUACUGGAAUGAUGCCAGGAGCGGCGAACCCGGCCUUCUCACCAGGCACCAACCAGCCGAAUAAUAAUCAAGGCCGGUCCUUGUUUGAUAGAGUCGAACCUGGGCGAGGCCGCGGAGGUGGUCGGGGUCGGGGCCGAGGAGGUAACAGCCAGAAUGGCCAUAUCAAGUCGCCGGCGAAAACAAGCGACCAAGACACAGCCAUGGAAGGCGAUGGUCAGACGCCUGGCACCGAGACAGCCACGACAGAUGCACAGAUGACUGGCGAGAGUGAACGAAAGCCACAAGAUCCGUCCACCACCAUGUGCCACUUCAAUCUCCGCUGUACCAACAAAGAUUGCCCUUACGUCCACCAAUCUCCAGCGGCACCUGAGGGAACGAUUGUCGACAUGACCGAGACAUGCACGUUUGGUCCUGCCUGCAAGAACUCGAAGUGUGUUGGCAAACAUCCUUCGCCGGCGCAAGUCAGGGCAUUCCAGGCACAAGAGCUGUGCAAGUUCUUUCCGAACUGUACCAAGCUCAACUGCCCGUUCAAGCACCCGACCAUGCCCUUGUGCAAGUUCGGUGCCAACUGCAAGACUCCCAACUGCCCGUUCACACACUUGCAGGUACCCUGCCGCUUCAACCCGUGUACGAACCUGAGAUGUCCAUACAAGCAUGAACCGGGACAGCAAAAGACGACUAAUUUUGCCGAUUACACUUGGACACCGGAUAAGCAGACCGAACAGGACGCAACAAAGCAACAUGUCAGUGACAGGAAGUUUGUGGACGAUCAAGCUGGGGAGGAGGAACUCAUCAAGCCAGAGACGGGUACAGACACGCCGAUACGGGAGGAGGUCAUCACUUAG